AUGCCACUUUCAUUGCCGGUAGGCUACAGGUUCCGUCCCACGGAAGAGGAGCUAGUGAAUCACUUUUUGAAGAAGAAGAUUCGCGGCGAAAACGAGUCAGAGAUCAACCAAAUCAUCCCUUUCAUCGACCUCUAUGAACACGAGCCGGCUGAGCUUCCCGGUUUGUUGGGGAGUGAGACAGAGGAUCACGACAUGGAGUGGUUCUUCUUCACAAGAAAUGCUUACAAGUACAACAAAAGCCGUCGAUCGAAUCGGAGCACGAAGAAGGGGUUCUGGAAGAUCACAGGCAAGGAGCGUGGGAUUAAGGCUCGGCGAUCCAAAGCUGUGAUUGGGAAGAAGAGGACUCUGACUUUUUACCAGGGUCGUGGGAAAGCCAAGAAGAAGACCGACUGGGUCUUUCAUGAGUACUAUCUUCCUCAAAAUCAAGUUGUUUCCUGUUCGAAGAAGGAAAAGGGCGAUUUUGUUCUUUGUCGAUUGAAGAACAAAUCAGAUAAGAAGGAUUCUUCAGUCAGAAAUGAAGGGGAACCGGGUAGAGGCGAUGAUGAAAUGAAUCAAGAGGGAGAUGGGGAGUUUCUGUUCCAUCAACCUCAGACUAUAGAUGACUGCUGCUCGUCAGCACUGUGGUCACCGGCAUCCCAAGAGCUGGAAGCUGUUCUGCAAACCAAUGGUGAUUGUCAUGAGUUGCAAUCACCAUUUGGAGAAAGUGAGUCUUGUCUUCUACACAGGAAUCAAGUUUUAACCUGUGAUGAGGAUGAGUCUGUCUAUGAUGUAUAUCCACAGCUACGUGAUCCGCCAGAUGAAAAUCUGGAUUCACUCUUGCGUGCAUUUCAGCCGCAAGAUUACUGCCCUCCCAUACUGCAGUCACCAAUAUACACAAAGUUGGGGAAUGUUACACAUCCACUUCAGCCACAGAAUUACCAGCCCUCGGUAAUAUUUCAGUCACCAAUAUACACAAAGCAGGGAAAUGGUCCAGAUGCCAAUCUCCACUAUGGCAUACCAGUAGUUGACAUACCAGUUAGACAUGUCAUGUCUAAUAUUGAGAAUCAAGCUUCAGACUAUAGGAGUCUAGAGGUGCCUCGUCCUCAAACCGAAGUCAAUCUGGAAUCAGCAGUUUAUCGAUUCCAGCCGCAAGAUUCCACACUACAGCCACUGAUGUACACAGACUUUGGAGAUGCUCUACAUAAUAUUGAGUGCAAUGAGUUGCAAUCUUUCUUUGGUGAUGAUCACUCUUCCUUUGGUAAUAUUGCUUACCAGGAUUAUUACUCGUCUGAUCAAACAGCACAGACUCCUUUCAAAGACUCCUGCCGAAAUCACUGGGAAGGGUCUACCAUGGGGAUAGUGGAGUAA